UCUCGAGUCCGAUUCACCUAUUUACAGUGUCUACUUAUCGUAGAACACCCAAACCCCAAACAAAAACCAAACCUCCUCAACCAAUUUUGGUAGGCAGAACUCUAAAACUCACCUCAAACACCACCAACCCCCCAUUCUUUUGUGUUCUUCAAUCCCAGAACUCAAAACCCAACUCAAAAGUAGUAAUCCUUCUUCUGAGACUAGAGAAAAAAGAAAAAAUUAAAGGAAAUGGGGUACCUUUCUUGCAGAGCUGAAUCUGCAAUCUCAGUCUCCAAUUCCCAGACCCCAUCAUCAUCAUCAUCAUCAUCAUCAUCCCGUGAAAAACCCAUCAAGAUCCAACACUUCGAUUACAGUGAUCUCGUGGCCGCCACCAAUGGCUUCUCCGAUCAGAAGCUUCUAGGCAAAGGCAGCCACGGUUACGUCUACAAAGCCGUACUCCGUGGCCGCCUUGUCGCCGUCAAGAGACCCUCCAGUGCUCGCUGCCAGAUUCCCAGACCCACCGGCGCCGAACCCACCAACGAAGUCGACAACGAGAUCGAGAUCUUGUCGAAGAUUCAGAGCCCGAGACUUGUCAACCUCCUUGGAUUCUCCAACGACUCGAAAGACAGGCUUUUGGUCGUGGAGUUCAUGAGCAACGGUACUCUCUAUGAUGUUUUACAUUCUUCUAGCACUAAUAACAAUAGGCCUCCUAGUUGGGGGAGGAGAAUUAGAUUAGCUUUGCAAACUGCUAAGGCUAUAGAUACUUUACAUUCGUCAAACCCACCUGUCAUUCAUAGAGAUAUUAAGUCUGCAAAUGUACUUAUUGACCGUAGCUACAAUGCCCGCCUCGGGGAUUUUGGGUUGGCAUUAAGGUGCCAUUUGGAUGACUAUAAGCUCCUGUCAACUCCGCCGGCGGGGACUAUGGGGUAUUUGGACCCUUGUUAUGUUACCCCGGAUAAUUUGAGUACUAAAACUGAUGUGUUUAGUUUUGGGAUUUUGUUGUUGGAGAUUAUAAGUGGGAGGAAGGCUAUUGAUGUUGGGUUCUCGCCGCCUUCAAUUGUGGAUUGGGCUAUUCCUCUUAUCAAGAGAGGGAAGCUAAUUACUGUUUAUGAUCCCAGGAUCGUGCCUCCUAAAGAUCCUGUUGUGAGGAAGCAGCUGGCUGUGAUUGCAGCCAAGUGUGUCAGGUCCUGUAGAGAGCGGAGGCCGUCGAUGAAGGAGGUUGUGCUUUGGCUUACCGGGCUGAGUAAAUUGGUGCCUCUGCAUUCGUGGAAUAAUUUUAGCAAUCCAUGUAUGAUGGUAGAGACCAUGGGGCAGCCCGUUGAAUCAAGGGCUUCGCAGAUGAAUUUCAAGCCACAUAGGUUUGGAGAAGAGAAUUGUGAAAGCAUGGAAGCUAAGUUGGCUAGGCAAGCUAUAAGGAAUUCGCGGAGGGUUUAUUCUGAUUUGGGGUUUAGUAGCAAUUUGAUGGAGCUUAUGGUCGGUACUGAUGAAGAGUCUGAAUUUCAGGGUAAGGCAGAUGGACAAGAGCCCAAUUCUAAGCCAGCAAAUCAAGUUUCUAGAUUUGGCAGUGCAAGAUACUUUAGCCGAGGGAGUAAUCAGCCAACUCCUAGUAAUGGGAGAGAAAUCCCACAGUUGAUUAAAAAUCCUUCAUUUGGACAAAGGUCAUUUAUAUGUUCAAAAAGAGAUGAUACCGUUUCACAUGCAAAUAGUGGUAGCUGGUGAUAUCCAGUUUGCGGCAUAAAUUUGAUUCAAAUGAAUUGAAUGAAGGAACCUGCAAGCUUUUUUGCUUGCAAUUUUAUAGAUUGAUGUAGAUUUGUUGGUACCUCAUUUAUUCUUGAUUUUGUUACCUGAUUAUAUGUGUAUUCAUUUAUUUGUUAAUGUUUUUUCAAGUAUCAUAUAUGAAUAUCAAGGAUACAUUGCUGAUG